CGCUUCGACAUGCUAACGAGGAAACGCUUCGAAUCGCCGCGGCUACUUGGCCCGGGAGAAGAUUAACCGCAAGGUGUUUGAAACGCCAACAUCACUAAAUCAAACUUCGAUCUUUUCAUUCGUUAGCUUUAAAUGCGUAGUGUCACCGCCCAGCGAAGCAGCUGGCCAAAGCGGUUUCUGUUUUUUUCCCCCCAUUGAUUUGAAGGCCAAAGCGGCUGCCAUGGAUUUUUAAGGCAUAAUGCGGCACCUCUAAUGCAACGGCAAUGCAUAGUGCAAGGCAAAAUCAACUGCGAAAUUCCAUCUUCGCAACUGCCAAGCAGUUGGGCUCAAAUACCGUCCGCGGUAUACCUGUGAGCCAACCGGUACCACUGCUCCUGGACCGGAGGAAGCUAACGCUAGCUAGCUAGUCAUCUUAGCUAAUCGCAUCAAAGAGCGAUCCAUCGAUUCAUCCGAACGUCGUCAACACUAUCGAUCAAAAUGAAGCCUCAAGAUAUCGUCGCCGGGAAGACCAGCAUGUGGAUCUUCGGGUACGGGUCACUAGUGUGGAAGCCUGACUUCAAGUACAAGAGGAGCAAUGUCGGUUACAUACAAGGCUACAAGAGACGUUUCUGGCACGGAGACAACUUCCAUCGGGGGAACGACGAGUUGCCCGGAAGAGUGGUGACGCUGAUUGAGGAUGAUGACGCGAGCACUUGGGGUGUGGCGUUCGAGGUAACGGGCUCUCAAGUCGAGGAGUCCCUGAAGUACCUCAACGUGCGCGAGACGGUCUGUGGCGGCUACGUCACCAAAAUGGUGGAUUUCUUCCCCGAGGGGGAGAACGAGCCUCCGGUUCAGGCGCUGGUGUACAUCGCCACCUCGGACAACCCCCUGUACCUGGGGCCGGCCACCUCACAGGAGAUCGGCUUCCAGAUCGCUGUGUGCAGAGGGAAGACGGGCCACAACCUGGAGUAUCUGCUCCGGCUGGCUGCGUUCAUGAGGAGCAGCUGCCCGCAAGUGGAAGACCAUCACCUGUUCUCCAUCGAGGCAGCAGCACUGACCGUAGUGUCAGUGAUGUUGAGCAGCCCAGUAGCUCCUACCCUCUCUCACUAGCUUAUAUAGUGGAUGAAGACACACACACACAGAGGCUUUUCACCUGUCAUGCAGUCCACCUAUGUUUAUGUUGUGAACUCUAGUUUCACACUACUAUCCACUGUACUUGAAGCCAUUGAAUGCUACUGAAGUGAUAACAAAAAGGAAGCAUUAAGUGUUUGUUUGGGGGGUAUUUCUGAAGCAUGUUAACAUUAUAAUGUUAACCUGGUGCAUGUUUGUACCGCCUGUUACAAAAUGUAUGAUCACUGAAUUGUUGAUUGAAAACAUCUGUUAUAUCUAUCGCUAUAUAGCACACUAACGUUUUUUUUUUUUUUUUUUUUUUUGCACAGUUAAAUUCCGUCCAAUCAAUUCAGACGGUACAGCAAUUCAUUGUGGUAGUUGAACCUGUUUGCAGUUCACCAAAAUAGCUGCUGUGAUGUGUUUUGAUGGUAUAGACCUGUUUUGUUUGUUUUUUUUUUUUUUCUUUAAAGUUGCUUGUGGCAACUUUUUCCAUCCAGUGUAGAAGCAAACACUAAUAAAAAGUUGAAAGAA